CCCACUGCACGCAUUUUUGUGCAAUUCUACAUGUACGUGUACAUGCACAAAUUCACCAACUUACAUAACCUGUACACAUGUAAGGUGUCCAUUUGGGUGUCUUUAUACACGCCUCCAGUCUCAGUGCGAAAUUGUGAUAACCUAUUGCAAGCUUGUGGAUUUUCUAAGCUAUCUUUGUCAAUUUUGGAAUAUUCUUGCUUUUGUGUCUGGGGUCAGGGUCAUAGAGAAGAGACAGAAGAAUUAUUUAAAUUAGGAGCAGCUGAUAUGGAUGUAGAAAGCCAAGUUAGAAAGGCUGUACAGCCACUUGAACAAAGAAUAGAUGCCAUAGAAAAACAAACGAUACGAAAAUAUCCAGAAGUUGCCUAUUUACCAGAGAGUACAAGAAUGAGAAUAUUAAUUACGGGUGGAGCUGGGUUCGUCGGGUCACAUCUCGCCGAUCGGCUAAUGUUACAAGGUCAUGAGGUCACCGUUGUCGACAACUUCUUCACGGGUCGUAAGAGAAAUAUUGAGCACUGGAUUGGCCAUCCGAACUUUGAGCUGAUCAACCACGAUGUUGUUAAUUCUCUUAUGAUCGAAGUUGAUCAGAUCUAUCACUUGGCGUGUCCUGCGUCUCCACCACACUAUAUGUACAACCCUAUUAAGACAAUCAAGACAAGUUCAUUAGGGACCCUAAACAUGCUGGGGUUAGCCAAGCGGGUACGGGCGAGGCUCCUUCUGGCGUCAACUUCAGAAGUAUAUGGAGAUCCUGAAGAGCAUCCGCAGAAGGAAGAAUAUUGGGGUCAUGUUAACCCCAUCGGUCCCAGGGCAUGUUACGAUGAGGGCAAGAGAGUUGCUGAAACCAUGUGCUACGCGUACGCAAAGCAGGAUAAAGUUGAAGUCCGAGUUGCCAGGAUUUUCAACACCUUUGGACCUCGUAUGCACAUGAAUGACGGCCGGGUCGUCAGUAAUUUUAUUCUCCAAGCUCUCCAGGAUGAACCAAUCACGAUAUUUGGGAAAGGACUGCAAACACGAUCUUUCCAAUAUGUCAGUGACCUUGUGAGCGGUCUUAUUGCGCUCAUGAAUAGCAAUGUUUCAUCGCCAGUAAAUAUUGGUAAUCCCGAGGAGCAUACAAUUCUUGAAUUUGCUGAAAUAAUAAAAAGUAAAAUAGGGGGAGGGAGUUUAAUCUCACAUGUCCAAGCUGCUGAAGACGAUCCUCAAAAGAGAAAACCUGAUAUUACCAAGGCAAGGUCGUUAUUAAAUUGGGAACCUAAGGUUCCAUUAGACGUCGGGCUCGAAAAAACCAUACAGUACUUUAGGAACGAGCUGAACGCAACAAAGGGAACGUUCCAACCCAACUCACGCAAGCAGAUACCAGGAAGCGAGUAGCGUGGACCAUCGCGAACAUUGUCUUAACCCAUCGACUACCGAAUUCUAUAAUUCCCACAGACUUUGGACAGAGACCAUACGGUCUCAGUAGGAAAUAGGUUUACUUCCUCGUAGCUUUCUGUUCUACAUUUUCUGCUAUUUUACUCUCUCGGAUUGACCUUGCAGUGUUAGGCUGUGUUUACACAAGUUUUUUUUUUUACUCAGAAACUAAACUGGAUCAUGAUUCAAAUAUUUUGUAAUGCAUAUUCUGUGAAAAGGAGCCUUCAUUCAGUUUGUUUUGAACAUAAUGUUUUAAUUACAUCAUUUUUCUUGGACACUGUAAUUGAUGCUGGGAGCUGGGCAGGGCUGGAACUCAGAGCCCGGCGAGUUGGGGAAUUUGCCCCAGGCCAAGCCAGGUUUUCCUUCCGAGCCCCAACACUACUGUAAUUUGAUCUCAAGAUUGUGUAGUUCAACCAGAAGUCAAUGUGUACCAUUGAAAGCCUGCUAGAGAAUGACAUCAUAUUCAUUUAAAACUCAACUUGUUUUGUCCAACAGUUACCAUAGUAACAGUGCCUCUCAGUCAGUCAGAAGGAAAGUUGUCAGGUCUGACAUCUUAUAGGACGAAAAUGUGUUGAUGAAACGGUCCCCUGAAUGAAUAAAAAUUGUCAGAUCUGACAACUUGUCGGACAAAAAUGUUGAUGAAAUGUUUCCUAGAUCUCAUUACAUAAAGCUUAGCGAUUGAUUCUUGGGCUGAUUUCUGCGAUUGAUCGCACAUAAUAAUCAAUGCAAUCAAUCGUGAAAAUGAGCUCCAUAAUCAAUCGCCAAGCUUCAUGUUGCAGGGCCCCGAAUGGUGUUUAUACAUAAUCCAUGAAAUUUUACAUAUCUCUGACUUUUUAACACAUUUUUGGUCUGUUUACAUUCACAUUCUUGAUCAUACUUCAUAUGAAGAUAUGCAUGAAUACAAUCAUGUUUUGAACUGAAACUUAUCCCCAGACUGUGGUAAUGGGUGCAGAAUACACUGUUUGACGAUGCAUUGUUUCUUGGCUUCAUGAGAGCAUUUAAAGGGGAAGUUCACCCUGACAAAACAAAAUUAUUGUGAAAAUAGCAGCAAAAUCAAGAAACCAUAUUGAAGGUUUGAGGUAAAUCCAUCAAAGACAAAAAAAUGAUGGAAAUUCAUUUUUAAAAUUUGUGAUGUCAUAUGCAAGCAGCUUCCUUUUAUAUCGUGUAGUAGAAAAAAUAAGUGAAAUUUUAUUAUCUCCAAAAAAUGAAAAUAGUUGUUAAUUGUAUCUUCAGUAUAUCAAGAGACAUCAUUUCCCACCUGCUCCUGAAAGACCUUUUUUUUUGUCAGGAUGAAACAUUAAAUUGAAAUAUAUGAAUUUUAUAUCACAUAUAUUUGUCUCAUCUGCUCAUAUAUGACGUCACAAAUCAAAAUCUUAAAAUUCUUACUUUUUCCUCAAAUCUUCAUUAAUAUUUUCUUGUAGUUUUUCUGGUAUUUUUACAACUAACUUUUCGUCAGGGUAAACUUCCCUUCCCCUUCAAAUCUGAGUGUAAACCUAUGUAACAAUAUUCCAUGGAUUCUCUCAUGGGCUAGUUUUCACAAAAACUUGCAAUCAAACUCAAGUUGGUUUGUGACCAAUUAGAACCACGCAGUCCGGACUUGCGUUCUAUUUUUUUUUCUUCUUUGCAUUGUGUGUCAACACAUCUCUCUCUCUAAAACAAUGUUUGAUGCUCAAUCAUUUUCAUGUUCGGUUGGAUUUGGUUUAUUAUUUAAAUUUGAUUAGGGAAUUUUCAUUUGAACUUUAUACUCAGAUUUACAAUCUAUAACAGAUAAGUUAUUAAUACAUCAGGGGCCCAUCUUACAAAGAGUUGUGAUUGAUCCAAUCAAUCAACUAUGGAAAGCCAGCAAAGUCUACAUAUAAAGUGCAUGUUUGUUUAAAAAAAAUUCUAGAUAUGAAUGUAUAUCCAUAAAUUCAUUGAUUUUGUGAGAAUUUGGUGUGUUCUCCUUUGUUUACAAAGGACAUUUUGCAAAUUUCCUGUAGAAAAAAUUAUGACACUGAUGGAUUUCCAGAGAUUUACAAUUUAUUGGAUCAAUCGUAACUCUUUGUAAGAUGGGUCCUUAACUAGAUACAAUCAGUAUUUACAAUCAAUUGUAAUUUUUGUGCAUGAUUUACAUCUACCAUAAACCAGUAGUUACAUUUAGUCUCAAAAUUAUCUUCUGUGUGACUAGACCCAAAUAUAUCUCUUUGAUUUGAUAAGAUUUUAUUAAAGUUUCAUUAAAAGUGUUGGUAUCCCAUUUGGCACCCCAUACUCUAGCUGUUCAUAAAGUCAUGCAUAACUAUACAAAUAUCGUUUUAAAUGAUGCUGGCAUAUAUAGGUCUCCUUUCACUGAAGUUUUAAAGUAUUAUUAAUUAAUUUUUUUAAUUACUGAAUUGAUAAUCAGGUAUAAAAGUUGUAUAUUCUUUCUAAUUGCAAUGAACUAUUGAUUGGAGUUUCGUAUAAGAACAUAUUAAAAAAGAUCUAUAUGUAAGUUAUGUUAUUUAUUCAGUCACUCUAGGUACUUACACAAUGGGUGGAAUUAAAGCAGAAUCCCGCUAUGAAAUAUUGUGUUAAGUCGAAUUAGUGGCAUCCUAUUAAUAAUUUUGUCCUACGAUGCAGCCACAAAGAAUGAAAGUCCUUGAAACCAGAGGUCUUGUGAGUGUUUAUAGCAGAAAUCUGAAUUAAUAGAAUCUAUUUUUUUAAAGUGACGGGUUGAUCUUGUAGAAAUUGUGUAUUUGAAAUAUGGGUAUUGGGGUAUGAAUAAUGUACAUGUACUUUAUCAUGCAACUGUAUGCAGUUUUUUUUUAUCUCUGCAUUUAUUUUGCCAUCUUGACAAGUGUUGGUGGCAUUAAGUGUGCAAUGAAGAAUAAAACUUACACUCUUUUAUAAAUUCUUGAAUUUAAAUUUAAUUAAGACUGAUAAUUUGUCCUCAUUUGUAUACAUACAUGUAGUCUUGGUACAAACUCCAUACACCCAAUAUAUAUUUUUGAAUGUUAUGUCAUGGGAAUAAAACUAAUAUGUAACAUUGACAGAAGAUGAUAUCUAAAUACUUUUAAAUUCAAAACAGUAUAUUUUUGCAUCCACGUCUUCUAAACAGUAGAGCUGAAAUUUUGUAGUAUUUAUGAUUGUAUGUUAAAAGUUCUCUAAAGUCGUUCUUAUAGUUAAAUGUAGUUUAUUGCAUCUCCUUUUGUUUGUAUAUUGGUACGAAUAUACUGGAAGAUUUUAUGAAGUGAUCUGGUAAAUCUGAAAAUUGAAGCUGCAAUAAUGCACAUUGCUAGUGUUUCUGUUAAUUUACAAGGGGUCAAGGUCAAUCAAUUUCAACUAAAGCAAAUUGAUUUAUGCAUGUUGAUACAAGUCGGAGACCAUCAAUCAAAGUUCUGCAAAUUUGCAAACAAUUACAAGAAUUGCGAUUGAUUUGGGGACAUGAAAUUGACUUUAAAUCAAUCGCAAGUUUCUUGCAACACUCCAUUGAAGUCACACUGAAUUAUUUGUGAAAUAUAUUCCUCCACAUGUGUUUUCUCCACUCUAAGAGUUGUAUACAAGAGGCUGGAUUGUUACAGAGUGGUUUUCUGCUCAUCAUACACAUACAUUUUCUCUAGCAUUGCACAAUUGAAACAGAAUGAGAAGCGUCACUUUGAGUAUCAAUGAAAAUUUUUCUGUAUGCCUGGUUUGAUUGAGGUGCCUUAUGAAAUAAAAUUGUUCUCCUAACUCUAACGGCCUGAAUUCUGAGGUCCAGUGUAACUUGGAUCAUGGCUCAAAUCUGGGGUCCGUCUUACAAAGAGUUGCGAUCGAUGCGAUCAAUCGCAACUAUGGAAAGCCAGCAACGUCAUAAUAUGAAAUACGUGUUUGUUCAAAAUAUUUUUUAGAAAUGACACAUACUCAUACAUUCACUGUUUUUUGGAAAAUUCAGUAUGCUUUUCUUUGUUUACAAAGUACAAGAAGCAAAAUUCCUAAAGAAAAAAAAAUUAUGACAUUGAUGGAUUUCCAUAUACUUGAGAUUGAUUGGAUCAAUCGUAACUCUUUGUAAGACGGGGGCCCAGGGCUAAAGUUAUGGGAAGCCAUGAGUGUCCAGAAUUUGUUUACACUGUAAUGCUUCUUAGGAAUCUUCUCAUGUUUUAACAAGGAAGGAAACUAUUGUAUUGUAUUUAUAAAUUGAGAGAUUCGUUAAUGAUUUGAAUGCGAGAAUGUGAUGAUAAAUCGAUUACCUAAUUCCAGAAGUUGAUGCCACAGUGGCUUCCCGUAGUUAAAAAUAAUUUCCAAUUGUGGUAACGAUCUCAAAAUGAGUUCAAACAGAAUCCAAUGAAACUACCACCAAGUGUUUGUAUAGAUGAAAAUUAUGUGCCAAAUACAUGUAGCUCUGGAAGAAAAUGUGUAAUUGCUGAGAAAUGAGCAAAAUAAGCAUGGAAUUCCAUCAAAUGGCAGGUAUUUUCCGAAGCAAUAUUAGUACAUAUGUCCCACAUAUGCCUUUCUGUGUCAGUGAUCAUCAGAAUUAUCGAUUUUGAGCUAAGAUUUCAUGACUUUACCAAGAUAAGUUUACGGUACAUUAAUGUACCAGAUCUAGAUGUAUGAUGUUUUGACAAUUAAACUUGAUUACAAAGACUUUCCCAUGAAAUAAUUGUUAGCUGCAACUACUGUCUUUUACCUUUGAACCACUUUAUACUUUACACCAUGGUUCAAGUUAAACCAGAGUUCAGAAUCCAGGCCAUUAAUAUGGUGUUUCGCAUGAUAAAUAAUAGGGUUUGAUCUUCCUUGUCACAUCUUUUGAUGCAUUUCUUUGUUUUUUAAAUUUGUUGAAAGAUUUUUUAGAACAAUCUGUAGUUCAUGAAUUGCUUGAAUAUUGAUUGUAUAAAAUUGAUCAUCGGUGAAAGAUCCUGAAAUUAAAAAAAUAAAAAAAUCAAGAAAAUGA